UACAGGGCUCCGAAUCCGUUAAAUCCAAGGGUUUUAGGUAUUUGAGAACAAAUUGAUGGCUCGAUCUUGAUCAAGCUCUUUCUUUUUUACGAAUCUGAUUGAUGAUUCAAUCAUCGUUAUAGUCAAUCAUAAAGAGCUCGCUCGAUCGGAAUGUUAAUAGUUUGGGUUCAUGCGAAGCUAAAAAGAGAAAAGAAGAAAGGUCUACGAUCUGUUCUGGUAUGGAGAACACCGUAGACGGUGUUCAUUUCUUCCGGCAAGGAGGCUUAACAAUAGAAUUCCAAAUGAUGAUUUUGUUAACGUCGACAUAUCCAAGGAGGAAGAAGAAUCCUUGUGUUAAAAGUGAAAAAUAUAAGUAAAAAAAGGCGAUUCAAACAAGUAAGAUUUUGGAUCUGAAAAUCUGAAAUUUUCGAUGAAGAUUGACUUGAAAAAUCUCCAACUAACAUCAGUGAACUCCUUAGAGUGGUUUUCUUGAGGGGUUCAUGGUAAAAAGUUCGUUUUAUUGGUUGAGGGUAUUAUAAAUACAAUGCAAGUGAGGACCUUGUGAAUGCAAAGUGAGAAAGGACUGUUGGCCGUGCAAUUGUGUCAAUGAGGGCUUUUUGGGGAAUUCGGAUCUUUGGAAUCUCCAAGGCUAAAUGGAGGAUUUUGAACUUUGAACUCAUGGCAUUUUGGAGAAGUUGGAACUUUGAACUCAACAAGGCGUUUUGGAGAAUUUGGAACUUUGAAACCUGCAGGGCUUUCGGGGGGAUUUGGAACUUUGAACUUUGCAGGGUGUUUUGGGAAUUUGGAACAUUAAAAUCCACAGGGCAGCAGAGGACCACUUUCCAUGCCUUAAAGAAAGUUUUGUCCAUUCGUGAGCUUUUUCUGUCAUUUAUGCCACUUUAUAUGAACACUUCAUUAAGCAAAAGUUUGACCCUAAAUAUGAAGUAUACUUCAAUAUGGAGACCGAAGUUUGUUCUGUUGGUUGAGGGUAUUACGGUACAAUGCAAUGAGGACCUUGUGAAUGCAAAGUGA